AUGUUCAAUCAGUUUGGUUCGACGGCGGAGACUCUGAGCAAGGCUUCAGCUGUGGUUCUCCGGAUCGGCACCGACGCGCAUCUGUAUGACGAUCCGGAGGACGUCAGUAUUGCUCCACUUCUCGAUAGCAAGUUCGAAUCCGAGAAAUGUGAAGCUCUCAAGCGUCUCCUUGCUCUUAUCGCUCAGGGAUUUGAUGUCCCCAAUUUCUUCCCUCAGGUGGUGAAGAAUGUGGCGUCACAGUCACCGGAAGUGAAGAAGCUGGUCUACUUGUAUUUGCUACACUAUGCGGAAAAGCGUCCAAAUGAAGCAUUGCUAUCGAUCAACUACUUCCAGAAGGACUUGGGGGAUCCAAAUCCAUUGGUUAGAGCUUGGGCACUUCGUACGAUGGCAGGGAUUCGCCUACACGUGAUCGCACCUCUUGCACUAGCAGCAGUGAGUAAAUGUGCUAGGGAUCCUGCGGUUUAUGUGCGAAGAUGUGCUGCAAAUGCUCUUCCAAAGUUGCAUGAUUUGCGGCUUGAAGAACAUGCUCCUGCAAUCGAAGAGCUAGUUGGGAUACUGUUGAAUGACCACUCUCCAGGAGUAGUUGGAGCAGCGGCAGCAGCAUUCACCUCCAUAUGUCCAAAUAACUUCAAGCUGAUCAGAAAGAACUAUAAGAAGCUGUGCCAGAUUCUUCCUGACGUUGAGGAAUGGGGACAGAUAUUACUCAUUGGAACUCUCUUGCGCUACGUUGUUGCAAGGCAUGGACUUGUACGGGAAUCUUUGAUGUUGUCCCUACAUGGUUUGAACAAUAAUGGCUUCUAUGAGAAAGAUGGUCUUGCAUCGGUUAAAGGAGAUGGUGAUAAGAGUGAUUCGUUUGAUGCUGAUCUUGUCAGCCUUGUAUCUAAGUCUUACAUUGAAGGUCCAGAUGAGUACCUGUCACGUUCUAAUUGCCCUGAUACAGUGUCAUCUGCGUUCGAUAGCGAGAAGACCACAUCUAUUGCACAUAACGAAGAUGUUAAGAUUCUGCUUCAGUGUACAUCGCCAUUGUUAUGGAGUAACAACAGUGCAGUUGUACUCGCAGCAACUGGCGUUCAGUGGAUAAUGGCUCCUCUGGAAGAUGUGAAAAAAAUUGUCAAACCGAUCCUGUUUUUGCUUAGGUCAUCCACUGCCUCUAAAUAUGUGGUCCUCUGUAACAUCCUAGUUUUUGCCAAAGCAGUGCCUUCUCUCUUUGCUCCACAUUUUGAAGAUUUCUUUAUUUGUUCGUCAGAUGCAUAUCAAGUUAAAGCACAUAAGCUGGAGAUGCUUUCUCUCAUUGCUACCACUUCAUCUAUCUCUUCGAUUUUGAGAGAAUUUGAGGAUUAUAUCAAAGAUCCAGACAGGAGAUUUGCAGCUGAUACAGUUGCAGCAAUCGGUUUGUGCGCAAAAAGACUGCCAACAAUUCCAACUACAUGUCUUGAUGGAUUGUUGGCACUAGUUAAACAGGAAUCUUUUGCUGGUGAUCUAGCGUCGGUGGAUGAAGAAGCUGGGGUGUUGGUGCAAGCCGUGAUGUCAAUUCAGACUAUCAUAGAGCGAGAUCCCAUUACUCAUGAGAAAGUGAUAAUUCAACUGUUUCGAAGUCUGGAUUCAAUCAAGGUAGCUGCUGCUCGUGCAACCAUUAUUUGGAUGGUGGGUGUGUACUGCUCUCUGGGUCAUAUCAUUCCGAGGAUGCUGACCACAAUAACCAAGUACCUUGCAUGGAGCUUUAAAUCAGAAGCAUCAGAGACAAAGCUACAGAUUCUUAAUACUAGUGCUAAGGUUCUAGUAAGUGCAGAGGCUGACGACUUUCAGAUGUUGAAAAGGAUUGUGGUUUAUGUGCUUGAGUUGGGAGAAUGCGACAUAAGCUAUGAUGUUCGUGAUCGAACUCGUUUCCUCAAAAAACGUCUGUCAUGCAAAUUAGAGCCACCAGAAGAAGACACUGUUGCAUCACAAGAAAAUAUUGCUGCGCAUGUUGUGGAACAUGUCUUUGGAAGAAAACUGAAGUCUUCUUCGCCUUUAUCCGUUCACAAUCGUUUUUAUCUUCCUGGAUCUCUGUCACAGAUAGUUCUUCACGCGGCUCCUGGAUACGAACCUCUUCCAAAGCCAUGUAGUUUUGUGUUUGAAGAAGAAGAAGAUGAUCAGCUGUCAGAAUCUGGUAGACAAAGAGAGGCCACAGCUGAUUUGAAUGGUUCUGAAACAGGGGAUGAGGAUGGCUCUUCUGAAUAUGAUACUGAAUCAUCUAAUGGUUCAGAUUUAAGCAGUGAUGGUGAUGAAAAAACGACAACCAAUGAUGCAGCUGAUCCUUUAAUUCAAAUUUCAGAGAUUGAUGUUUCCGGUGACCAGGAAGAGGUAAGGUCAAAGAAGGCCCUGGAUUUGUGGUUAGACGAUUUUGAUAAAUCUGGGUCUAAGUGA